AUGAAUAUCACUUGGAAAUGUACAUGUUAUGCAAAGGUCGACGAUGGAGGACACAUCGCUUUAGGUUCCACAUUGGUCUCGGUAUUUUUUUUAAUAUGCAUCUUCGUUUAUUUAUUGGUGACCACCAAUUUUAUUCGCGAUGUGGGCUAUAUAACACGCCCAUUAUGGGAUCGACCGGAGGAGAAAUUCACGCUAGCACCAGCCCGAGUAGUAGAUGCCAUAAUAUUCAGCAAUGAACUGGACAUUCUGAAAGUACGAUUGCGUGAGCUAUGGGAUGUCGUGGAUCUCUUCGUCAUCCUGGAAUCCAACCGCACCUUCUCCGGCAAUCCCAAGCCGUAUUUCUUCGCGGGGAAUCGCGCCAACCGACAGCGCUUUGCUUUCGCCGAGACGAAACUGGUUGUCGGUCAGAUGACGACAUUAACCGCUCUCAAACCGGGGCAGAAUCCGUUUGACAACGAAACCGAGAUGCGACGCCAGAUGAACCAGCUGUCGGCUAACACGGCGCACCUCCGUCCUGGAGAUCUACUGCUGAUCACCCACGUGGACGAAAUCCCGCGGAAGGAGACCGUGGCAAUGCUCAGAAUGUGCAAUGGAUGGCCGGAAACGUACCAUCUGCAAAUGACCAACUACGUGUAUUCAUUCGAAUUUAAGGCCGAGACGGACAUCUGGCGUCCCAAGAUCCGCAGAGUGAAUGACACUGGACAACUGUACUUUCGGGCGCGCUCAUCCGAUCAGUUGUUGAUGGAUGCUGGUUGGCAUUGUUCGUUCUGUUUCCGGAACGUUGAAGAUUUUGUCUUUAAAAUGCAGGCGUAUUCGCACGUGGAUCGUGUCACCGAUAAACAGCUCUUAAUUAAAGAAGAGAUACAGAUCAAGAUUUGUGCCGGAAAAGAUAUUUUCGACAUUUUUCUGGAGGCGUUUACCUUUCGGGAGCUGUUGUGGAAUUGGCAGGGUGCACAUCGCAGCUACGCAGUGGCAGAUUUGCCGCGUCCGGUAAUCGAGAAUCCGGUUACGUUCAAGUUUUUGUUACCGGGAGGAUGUCAGCGCGAAUAAGUUGUGCUUGUACGGCGUCUCAACCGUCGUCACGCUUUGGACACUUCUCUCAUUACAGAGAUUUUGCUUUUCUUAUAUACCAGAACGCUGCUAACACGAACGGUUUAUUUGU